GGGUUAGGGUUUUGGGCCCUUCUCAUAUAAGAUGAUCAGUUGGAGCCGCCAUCGUUCAGCAGCUGCAGCGCAUCUCCAUCUUCAGGUACUUGGUGAUUUCAUAGUAUUUCUUGAGUGCUUAAAAAACUUAGCAAAUAUGCAGAAUGAAGAAGGGCAGAACAUGGAUCUUUAUAUCCCACGGAAAUGCUCGGCCACUAAUAGGCUGAUCACUUCCAAGGAUCAUGCCUCUGUCCAGAUCAACAUUGGUCAUGUGGAUGAGAAUGGCAGAUACACUGGUCAAUUCUCAACUUUUGCUCUUUGUGGUUUCAUUCGCGCCCAGGGUGAUGCCGACAGUGCGCUUGAUAGGCUGUGGCAGAAAAAGAAAGUUGAAGCCCAACAGCAGUAAUGGCAAGAUUGUUUUUUUGAAGUUUCUUUAAAAUAGUCUUGAGAAUUAUCACUAUUACCUAUAACAUUUGAAGAUAACAACCUUCCUUACCUUUUGUUCUUUAUAAA